CCGCCUUUGAAUUUUUUGUGCGCAAUGCAGACCAACGUCUGUUAUGUGGAAUUGUUGGUUGUUGAAGAGCGUAUCAAGUAUUUACGUAAAUGCGAAUUUGUCACAUCAUUACAAGUUUUAUUUUUUAACAUUUCAACAUAUUUCUAGUUGAAUAUUUUUUUACAAACAGUGUACACUUCUGUAUAUAUUACAAAUUAUACGUUUUCGUAACCUCACAAUGUCGGGUAAGGUAGUAAAGAAAGCACCUAAAAGAAAAGGUGCAAAUGCGUAUAAAUUGCCAGAUCCAAUAUCUGCUGGUGAGAUAUUAACAGAUAUUGCUAAACACCAAUGGAUUCUUGGCAAAUCAAUCGGUGUUGGAGGUUUUGGCGAAAUUUAUUCUGCUGCUCCUUACAGAGGAAAGAGUCCAAAAGAAUAUCCCUAUGUAAUUAAAAUUGAACCACAUGGAAAUGGACCAUUGUUUGUAGAAAUGCAUUUUUAUAUGAGAAAUGCCAAACCAGAUGAAAUUGAUAAUUGGAGGAAGAAAAAGAAGCUCCCAGGACUUGGCAUGCCUCAAUAUAUUGGCUCUGGAAGUCAUGAAUAUAAAAAUACAAAAUACCGAUUUGUAGUAAUGAAUCGGUAUGGUACAGAUUUAUGGAAACUAUUUGAAGCAAACAGUAGGAGAUUUCCAGAACAUACAGUAUACAAAAUAGCUUUACAAAUAAUAAACAUAUUGGAAUAUAUCCAUCACAAAACAUAUGUCCAUGCAGAUAUAAAGGGAGCAAAUUUGUUACUAGAUUUAACAUCUGAGAAUCAAGUUUAUUUAGUAGAUUUUGGGUUGGCUUCUCAUUAUUCUACUAAAAAUGAAUAUAAACUAGAUCCGAAAAAAGCGCAUAAUGGGACCAUUGAAUAUACCAGUAGGGAUGCUCAUAUGGGAGUACCAACGAUGCGUGGUGAUUUCGAAAUUUUGGGCUAUAAUAUGAUCCAAUGGUUGUGUGGUUCACUAUUAUGGGAAAAAAACUUGUCUGAUCCGGUUACAGUACAAAAGCAAAAAGAAAAAGCCUUUGAAAAUAUUUCAGAAUUUUUAAACAAAUGCUUUAAAGGAUCAGUUCCAAAACCAAUACUUGAAUAUAUGACCUUAUUAGCGAGUAUGAAAUUCAAUGAUACACCGAAUUAUGAAAAGUUUAAAAAGAUAAUAUCAGAUGGAUUAAAACAACUGUCACAUAAACCAGAUGGAAAGUUAGAGUUUAAAUCUGAUGGAAAUUCUCAGAAACAAAUUGUAAAAACUACCCCACAGAGAAUUAAGAAAACAGAAGAUGUAAUCAAGAGAAGUCCUCGUAUACAAGCAAGGAGAAACCCAAGUCCUGUAAAGAGUCUUGAUGAUAGUACAGUAGGAAUAGUAAUGGACAAAAAACGUGGUGGAGUUAAAGAUAUAAAACAAAUAUUGAGUAACAUUGAAUCUGAUGAAGAAUAUGAUAUUAAAAUAGUUAAAAAAAAGAAAAAACCGAAUAAUUUUGUAAAUAAAUCUGAAGACGAAAAAAUUGCGGUUAAAAGCAGGAGAAGGAUACAGAAAAAUUAUAAUGAUUCAAUUUCAGAUUCUGAACCAGAGAUUAUAUCAAAAGGAACAAGGUCAAGACCGAUUGAUCAAGAAGUAGCAUCCAAAAAGACGAGAGCUAAUCCACGAAAAGCGUUAAUUCAAGAUAGUGCUUCUGACGAAGACAUAUUUGAUAUGUAAUUGUAAGUGAAACGUAAAUAAUUGUUUCAACUGCGUUCAUACGCGUUGAGUAUUUGAAUUUGGUAAAAUUGUGUAUAUUAUUGUAUUUAUAUGAAAAAACGCAAAAUAGUAGUGGUUGUUACUACGUUAAUCAUGCAAAAGUAGUACUGUUUGCAAGUAAAUUUCGUCUUUGGGCUCGGUAAACUUUGAGGAAUGGAUAUAUUUUAAUACAUCUACACGUGAAGUAAUUGUACAAAAUGUGUAAGGUUAGUAAAUUACAAUGUAGAGUGCUGACUGUUGAGCAGUAUUAAUUUUCUAUAUUUGUAUGAAAAUAAAAACUACCUUAUCAUUAUUAA